AUGUGACGAUAGGACCAAUGUCUUUACUCCAAUAUGUUUUGCAGCUCGCUAGCUAGUAUAUUACAGAAGGUUGUGUAAACGUUGCUGCAGUGUCAUUUGAUUUAAGUAAGAGUUUUGUAAUAUUCAAAACGUUUUCCUAUAGCUAAUUAUGUCGCAGGGAUUUUUUUCUGAUAUUGAUAUGUGGUGGAACAGAGUGGUACAAAACUGCCUUGGAGGGGAUUUCAUCUAGGGCUUGGAAGUUAUGCUACUGCCUUUUGCUCUCCGUGAGUGCUGUGUAAAGCACUAUGCACAUCUAGCCUAUUGCCAUACUCAAAUAUGUGUUAGAAGCCAGAAGGUGAGAGGACUGGCAACUUCCAGCAGCCAGCUCUUUGCCAGGAGAACCCCACAGUGGUUUGUCAACCAGAUACGAGGAGCCAAAACCCAGAGAAAAAAACAGCAGGGCCACGAAGAUGACUGGAAGCAGAGGAAUAAGACCGUACUUGCGUAUAUUGCUGCUGUAGGGAUUGGAAUGAUUGGAAUGUCAUAUGCUGCUGUGCCACUUUACAGACUCUACUGCCAGGCUUCAGGUCUGGGGGGCAAAGCAAUAGCAGGACAUGAUACAGAAUUAGUAGAGACAAUGAAGCCAGUUAAGGAUCGUGUUAUUAAAGUCACCUUCAAUGCUGACACACAUGCCAGCCUCCGGUGGAACUUUCGUCCUCAGCAGUCAGAGAUCUAUGUUGUGCCAGGAGAAACUGCCCUGGCAUUUUACAAAGCUCAAAAUCCCACAGACAAACCUGUGAUUGGGAUAUCUACCUACAAUGUAGUGCCCUUUGAAGCUGGGCAGUACUUCAACAAGAUUCAGUGUUUCUGCUUUGAAGAACAGAGACUAAACCCCCAGGAAGAGGUGGACAUGCCUGUUUUCUUUUAUAUCGACCCAGAGUUUGACGAGGACCCCAGGAUGGCUCGAGUUGACACCAUUGUACUCUCUUAUACCUUUUUUGAAGCCAAAGAUGGACAGACAUUACCGCUUCCUGGCUACAGCUAAACAAGCCAUACAUUCUGGAUUAUUCAAAGCCUUCACACUUCUGUUGCAACAAAUAGAUUUUAUAAUGUGUAACUUACAGUGGUAUUGGUUAUUUUACAAAAGCUUUAUGUGAAAAUCUUUUGUGACGUGCAUUUUUGGGUUUAUAAUACUUGACCAACCUGAACAGUGACAUCCUAUUCCAUCUUAUUUAUUAUUCCUAUUCACAAGAAGUGCAUAAAAGUGUAUUACCUACUACAGAUCACCAGGGGGCGGAACAGUUUCAAUUUUUGUUAAUGGGGACGUAAGUCACUACAAAAAAAGAAUAAAGAAAAGGGAGUGAAGGAAAAAUCUA